AUGACUCGGAGUAACCACAUGCUGCUCAAGCGGUUCUCCUUGGGUUCUCCGACGCGACUGCCGGUCGCUCUCUUCCAGCCUCCACGUACCUCGCCGACCUCCGACUCCACCGCGGUUGGUUUCCACGAGAGGGAGCAGAGCCACAUCUCCUUCCUGGAGUCAUGCUCCACCCUGCGGGACCUGAGUCAGGUCCAUGCCCGGAUCGUCCGGACCGGCUUCGAGCAGCAUGUCUUCGUCGUGGGCAGGCUCAUCUCCUUCUGCUCCAGCUCGGAGCAGAGGGGAUGCAUGGACUACGCGUCCGCCGUCUUCCGGCAGCUCAACUGGCCGGAUGGGUUCCUCUGGAACACCAUGAUCAGAGGGCUCGGGAGGGCCAACAGACCCGCGGAGGCGUUCCUUUUCUACCGAAGGAUGAGAGAGGAGGGGAAGAACGCCGAUAACUUCACGUUCUCUUUCCUACUCAAUAUCUGCGGCCAGUUGUCGGCGGUCGAGUUGGGCAAGCAGGUCCACUGCUGCGUGCUCAAGGUCGGCGUGGAUUCUCAUGUCUUCGUCUCCAACAGUCUCAUCCACACGUACGCUCUCUUCGACGACAUGGUCGCCGCGCGGCAGGUGUUCGAAGAAUCGUCCGAGAGAGAUCUGGUGUCAUGGAACAGUCUCAUCGCCGGGUACGUGCACUGCGGCCUGCACCUCGAGGCGCUGAAGAUGUUCCUGAGAAUGCUGAGGACCAGCUUCCUCGGGCCGGACAAGGCCACGUUGGUGGUAAUCCUUGCCGCAUGUUCGAGGCUGGGAGCGUUGGACUUCGGCAGAUGGGUGCAUUCCAUCGCCGGCAGUUCCACCCAUGGUUGCCGUCUCAGAGUGACCAACUCUCUAAUCGAUAUGUAUGCAAAGUGCGGAGCGAUCGACAGAGCCGUCGAGGUAUUCGACGAUAUGACGGAGAGAGACACGGUCUCGUGGAACUCCUUGAUUCUGGGACUAGCCAUGCACGGGCGGGCGGCCGAAGCGAUAUCACUCUUCGAAAGGAUGCGUCGGUGCGAACUCGAAGAGCCAAACGACAUUACAUUCCUGGGAGUCCUCUGCGCCUGCAGCCAUGGAGGUUUAGUAGAAGAAGGUCGGAGGUACUUCGACAAAAUGACGAGGGACUACAACAUCUCUCCCAGCAUAAGGCACUACGGAUGCCUGGUGGACGUUCUUGGGCGAUCAGGACAGGUGAGGGAAGCUUUCCAUGUGAUCAGGAACAUGCCGAUGGAAUGCAAUGCUGUGGUUUGGAGGACGCUGCUGGGCGCAUGCCGAGUCCACGGGGACCUCGAAUUGGGUCAGCGUGUGCAGGAGCACCUCGAGGAGCUGGAACCCUAUCAUAGCAGCGAUUACCUGCUCCUGUCUCACAUGUACGCCAAGGCCGGCCAUUGGAAUGAUGUCUUUCAGGUCAGAGAAGCCAUGAGAGAGAGACGAGUUCAGAAGCCAGAACCCGGCAACAGCUCCGUCAACGUUCUUCCUAAUGAAAUAUAUCUCGGUCAACAAGUUCUAUAUCAUUGA